UCACUCACUCACUUACUGCUCGUUCCUGAUGUCAGAUCGAUAUUCCAUCAAUAAUGUGGGAGACGUUCGAGAAGCUCGGAUUACAGGAAAAGAAAACCAGAUUUCGAGUCAAUUGUGGCUGAUGGGCUGGAACUCCGCCCACGGUUGUCUCGGCUUUCCAUGAUGUACUAUGAUGUAUACGACGUUGAACCCCAUGAUUUCUGCCCUCGGAAACCGAAUGUCCAUGAUGCAACAAGAAAAGAAGCGGGGACCGAUGCUUCUGUUACUUUCUUUCUUGCUUCGAGACAUCAGAGGUUAGCUGUCAGUACCCCCCUAUGCAUCCCUGACGUUGAAUUUCUCAACCCGGACUGAAGUAGUGAUGAUGAUGAUGAUGAUCUUUCUGGUCCAAGCCACGGCUCGGCGUCGGGCGGUGGUCGCGUUGUGUUGGCCCAAGCUUAUGCCGAUCCACUCACGGCCAGGCAACCGUCAACCCUCAGCCAUCACAGGAAGUCCGAAUACGAGCUUGCUGUCGACAAAUAUCCCUGGAUUUAGGGGAGGGAGGAGAAUAAGGGUUUUGAUUUCAAUAUCGGACCCUUUCUGAUAGUUAAUUUGGUAAGAAUAGAUGAGACACGUUCACUGCCCCCCUCUAGUACUAUUAUCUUAUUGUUCUCGCAUCCCUUUCUGAUUCGCAAGGUAUACCUCCAUUCUGGGGUUGCUUUGCUGCCUAUGCGGCUGGAAUUAGACUGCGGCAUUCCUUCGUCCUUUAAUCUUAGCUCACCAUUAAUCCCAGCAACGAAUCUAUCAAGGUAACUAUCGAAAAGCACUGCCCGCUGUGCUACGUAAGAAGAAGC